AUGAUUUGGGUUCACACUUUGUGGACGGAGUCGUCGCCGGUUCACGUCGCUAUUCGUUACAUUGUCGACAACUGUAGAAGUCCCAGCCCCUGUCGCACGACAGUGGACUUCGAGAACAAGAAACAAGAUAACGGAAAGCGAGGGAGCGCGCGCGGCGAAGUCCAUCUUUUUUUCUCUAGGAGAGGCACUUUAAUAUCAAUACUUCACAACACCCGGGUGCCACUCACGCACCUAGAAGUCAAGAACCAUAUUACUCGCCACAGCCUUUCGCUCGCGGCUUGUGUGAUCAAUAAAGUAAAAUAAAAAAUGCGAAAGGGACCACCACAUGGAGUAGAAUUAUGGCCUUGAAAAAACUCGACGUUGCUUUUUGUUGCUGUCAAGAAAAUAAAA